UGAGUCAGCAUGGUACGUCUGACCGUAGACCUGAUAGCCAAGUCUAAAAAACACUUAAAAAAGAAGAGGGGACUCUCGUUCCCAGAGUACCUCAAAACCCUCACCCACCUCCACUUUUCCAGCAAGAAUAUUGAUGACAUCGGAGACCUCUCCAUGUGUAGGAGCCUCACCGUUCUCUACCUGUACGACAAUCAGAUAACUUGCAUCUGCAACCUCGGCUUUGCCUCCAACCUUACACAUCUGUACAUGCAGAACAACAACAUCCCUCGUAUAGAUAAUCUCUACAGUCUGCAGAAACUCUCCAAACUGUAUUUAGGUGGGAACAGAAUUACUGUGGUGGAGGGUUUAGAGGAGCUCCACGAGCUCAAAGAGCUUCAUCUGGAGAAUCAGCGGCUGGCACCAGGGGAGAAGUUGCACUUUGACCCCAGGACCCUCCACUCACUCGCUGAUUGUCUCCAUACCCUGAAUAUUAAUAACAACAACGUUGACGAUAUUAGUGCCCUAUCAGUGCUGAAGGAACUCCAGCAUUUUUCUGCUGCGGAUAAUAAAUUGCUCAGCAUUGAAGAGUUGGAGAACGUGUUCGGCUUCUGGCCUCAGCUGCUGCUGUUGGAUCUGAGUGGAAAUCCUGUGUGUAAAAAACCAAAGUACAGAGACCGACUGAUUACACUGUGCACAGGCCUCGAGGUCCUUGAUGAAAAAGACAUUAAUGAUUUAACCAGACAGUUUCUUAUUAACUGGAAAGCAUCAAAAGAGAAGAAAAGAAAUAACCGAAUGCUGCUUAGGCCCUUGAUCGCUUAUCCUUUAACAAAUGACUUGAACACGGGUCAGGAUCCACUUCCUGGUCACAUCUAG